UCCAUUCGGUUCUCAUAGUUUUCCAUUAACAAAAGGCAACGGCGGCGAACCGAGCAACUCAACGUUUUCUCACCGUUCACAGUCCGGUCAGUCAGAAAAGAGAAUUCCAAUACUCCUCAAAUUUGCAAGAAGAUUGCAAACUGUGAUGGAGCAUGAAUCAAUUGAGGUCUUACACGACAAAGAUAAAAACGGAAAAAGGAACAAAGCAACUGAAUCCUCUAAUUCUGAGGUUGGUAUGGAAGAUGCUUGUAAAAUGGCGCCGUGUUCUCCAAGCAACAACAUGCAGGUUAACAUGGUUGAUUGGAAAGGUGAGGGAGUUGAUGACAAAACCGUGCAAAAUAUGGGGACCUCUGGAGAAGUAAACAUGGAGGCUUCUGUAACAGCUGACGAUGUUAUUCGAGCUGGGGGCUUCGGAGCUAGGGAUGAUAUAAGUAGUUUUCUUCCCAUUGCAAGUGACUGGACCGACUUCGAAGCUUCGAUUCGCAAUGCCAGAGACUAUGAAGAGCCUCAGGGAGAUGUAAGCAGGCCAGGUCUUGGCUGGAAAGAAGCAUCAUCACAAAGCAAAUAACUCUCUACAUAAGUGAGUAUUUAUCCAAGGUUUAUGUUUUUUCCUUUUUCUUGUGAUCCUUUUAUUUGUUUAAUAACUCGUUAUAUGGAUUUUUACAAGUUUCGGGUUUUGAGUUGUAUCUAUAGACUCACAGUUGCAUUUAUAAGGUGUGUUCUUCUCCUUAUAAAUAUGGAUUUUAAGAAGUUUCGGGUUUGAACAGUUGCAUCUGUAACUUGUGUACGUUUAUUGUCAAUUAUUGGACAAGUUUGACAUCA